AAGCACAAAAUGUGGUUGGAAUGCGCUUUGUGCGUGUGAAUUAUUGUUAUAAAAGCCAUAAACUAAGGGAAAAUACUUCAUUUUUUGAUACUUUAUCGAAAUGCGACCGUCAAUUGGAAUCAGCAAGGAGCAAUGACAUGAAAUGUAAUACUGCCCGACUAGAAAGGGAGUAAGUGCGGUUUAAGCGGGGACUACUAAGUGGGGUAGAGUAAGAGUGUAAGUACUUUGAGUGCCGGUUGACUAUAAAAGAGCUGGAGCCCAACGGUAGACGUUUCAUUCGCACACACAGUGCCAGCGGAGAAGCUUUAAUGCUGCAGCACAACAGAACACCGUCCACAAGGUCCAAAGUCCGAAGCCAUAUCAUCCCAUCCCACUCCACUGCACCCACACACGACAGCAUCCACAUGCAGUGAAGCAGAACAACGGAAUUAAAGUCACAGCGGAAAAAAGCAGAGGACGAGCGAAGCGACUAAAGAAUAAUGAAAAAAUUGUCGUCUCUGCGGUAUUGCGUGUGUGUUCGUGUGUAAAGGCAGCCUGCUUGGUCGCGCCCGUGCGUGUGUUAAAUUGAAUUUCCUUGAAAUUAUAAACUAAAUAAGUCUCAGAUGUUGCCAGAGGCAAUUGCCUGCUAAAACGGAAAUAAAAGAGAAACUAAGCAGCGUUUAAAGCAGAACUUGUAAAGAGUUUUAAAGUGUAGCAUUAAAAAAGGAACGGGACCUGUUGAACAAGGUAAAAGGAAUUCCAUCAUGUAUGGCAUGCUCUAUGAGAGUGUCCAGCACUACGUGCAGGAGGAGUACGGCGUAGACGUUUGGAAGAAGGUCUGUCACAUCAUCGACUGCAAGCACAACAGCUUCAAGACCCACCAGAUCUAUCCGGACAAGCUGAUGCCGGAUAUAGCGGCGGCCCUGUCCGCCUGCACGGGCGAGUCCUUCGACUCCUGCAUGAACUUCUUUGGGAAGUGUUUCGUGAGGUUCUUCAGCAACUUUGGCUACGACAAGAUGAUUCGCUCCACGGGACGCUAUUUCUGCGACUUUCUGCAGUCCAUCGACAACAUUCACCUGAUCAUGCGGUUCACCUAUCCCAAGAUGAAGUCCCCGAGCAUGCAGCUGACCAGCAUGGACGACAAGGGCGCCGUCAUUCUCUAUCGCAGCAGCCGGACGGGCAUGUCCAAGUACCUCAUUGGUCAGAUGACGGAGGUGGCGCAGGAGUUUUAUGGCCUGCCGAUCAAGGCCUAUGUAAUCGAGAGCCAAAACGACAUCAGCGGCGGAACGGCGGGUCCCAUCAAGCUGACAGAGGGUCCGCUCACUGUCAUCGUGAAGUAUCGCCUGGACUUCGACAACUCCGAGUACAUGGCCAAGCGUGUGAAUACGGAGGCGCAUCCCUCGCAGCUGAGGAUGCCCACGGUGAAGCUGGACGUUUUCCUGGACCUGUUCCCCUUCACCUUUGUCCUGAACCACAGCAUGAAGAUUACGCAUGCCGGGGAGAAGAUUGUGGAGACAUGGAUAAUGCACAAUCCUGGGGCCAAUCCCAAGGGCUUUAUUGGCACUCACGUCAUGGAUCUGUUCCACUGUCGACGCCCCAAGGACACCAAAAUCGAUUGGGACACACUGAUCCAGAUGCGGGCGGUGCUGUUCGAGUUCGAGCUGAUCCGCACGGGGCACAAUCGGGAUGCCUACGACGCUGCCCUGAACAUGGACUUUGAGAACUACGACGAAAUGGAUCUGAAUGAGGCCCAGACCAUGGCCCUCACCAAGGCCAAGGAGUUCAAUGACGCACACCCGGCCGAUGCGGAGCUUACUGACCAAGAGGACGAAAUCGAUCCGGCCACCGGAGAACGUCGCUCCUCCCAGGGCCUGAGAUCUAUUCUCCUAAAAGGUCAGAUGUUCUACAUCAAGGACGUGGACUCGCUGAUAUUCCUGUGCAGCCCGUUGAUCGAGAAUCUGGAUGAGUUGCACGCCAUUGGUCUGUACCUGAACGAUCUCAACCCGCACGGCCUCAGCAGGGAGCUGGUCAUGGCUGGCUGGCAGCACUGCUCCAAGCUGGAGAUCAUGUUCGAGAAGGAGGAGCAGCGCUCCGACGAACUGGAGAAGUCCCUAGAGCUGGCUGACUCCUGGAAACGUCAGGGUGAUGAUCUGCUCUAUUCCAUGAUCCCUCGGCCGAUUGCCGAACGAAUGAGGCACAGCCAGGAGCAGGUGUGUCAGAGCUUCGAGGAGGUCUCCAUCAUCUUUAUAGAGGUGCUGAAUGUCUACGACGGCGGCCUGAACAGCAUUCAGGGAGCCAUGAUGGCAGUGAACACGCUGAACAAGGUCUUCUCGUCUCUCGAUGAAGAGAUUGUAUCCCCGUUCGUCUACAAGGUGGAGACCGUGGGCAUGGUCUACAUGGCUGUCUCCGGGGCACCAGAUGUCAAUCCCUUGCAUGCCCAGCACGCAUGUGACAUGGCCCUGCGGGUGAUGAAGAAGUUCGAUCCCAAGGAAAUGGGCGAUGUGGCUCUUCGCGUGGGCAUCAACUCGGGGCCCGUGGUGGCCGGAGUGGUUGGCCAGAAGGUGCCACGAUAUUGUCUCUUUGGGGACACGGUCAACACCGCCUCCCGCAUGGAGAGCAGCAGCGAUCCCUGGAAGAUUCAGCUCUCCAAAUACACUGCAGAUAAAGUGAGCGAACUGGGCUACAAGGUCGUGUCCCGCGGCACUGUCAAGGUCAAGGGCAAGGGCGAAAUGGAGACCUAUUGGCUGCUCGAGGGACCAGAGGAUUGAAUUGAUGGAAAUUCUGUUAGAUUUAAUGUUGAACAACUGCACCAAAAAUAAUAUUCCACACUUGAGGCUUCUGAAACUAUUUUCAAUAAAAUAAAACGAGAGUUUCCCUCCUU